AUGUCAUCCCAUGACGCAAGGCCGUGGCGGGAAAGAAGGGCGCUAACAUCUGCUGCUUCUACUGUAACCCCGACAAAAAUCGUCAACGGCGGCUGCUUGGCCCUUCGGUACCAGUACGAGUGGUUGCAGCCAGUCAUCUCGCCUCCCUCGGGCCCCGCUAUGCAUGUAAGAGAACUUUGGAAAGCUGCUGUGCCCGACCCGCCAAUGAGACAGGCGGUGGAGGCCGGCAGAACGGGAAAAGGAGGCACCUUGAACUGGUGGAUAUCGCAUUUUGCCACGUGUUUUGUGAAGAUGCACCACGGGGUGUCUGGCAAAGCGAGCCAGCCCCAAAAGCGAGUUAUUCCCUGUCGGACUAGGGAAAAGAGGAGAAGGAGGGGCGUGUGCAAGACGGGAUGCCAGGGAGCUUCGAUUGGAUCUCAGCCUUUUACUGGACUGGACUUGUGCACUUGUUUGCGCCUCGGGUGGAAGGAUGGAGGUGGUAUUACCCAUUAUCGCGUCCUCCCGAAAAAGGGCAGCCGCAGUGCCAAUAGACACGCGAGGUGGUUGCACGGCAGGAAAAGGAGGGUUGCUCGCUUCUGCGAAGCUUCCCAACAAAAGGACUUGCGAGCACAACACUCAGAAAUCAUUCUUAUUGGCAGCGGUACCUUGCAACUCUUCAUGCAAGCAUACGGAGCGCACCAUUGGCCGGGCUAUCCUGUCCCGACAUACGAGCUGUUCGUGGCUCAGCCGUGGGAUGUGGAUUAUGUGCGCCAUCCAACAAAGUACAGGCUACCGGCCGUGAUACAGGACACAAAGAAUGCAUGUACGGAGGAGUGGCACAAAUCGCCAGCUACACGUACAAAGUACCUAACUGCUUGUCCUUGUCCAGAGCAUACGAGCACAAUGCCUGAUACCGCUAGCAUGAUUCCAUCACUGUCGCUGACGGUUACUUGUCAAAUCCUACGGCAUGCACCAUAUAUUAACCACCGCCCGUCGACAGUGCCGGAUACAUGAAUAUUCCACAGCUUUCC